AUGCAGAGCACUUCUAAUCAUCUGUGGCUUUUAUCUGAUGUUUUAGGCCAAGGAGCUACUGCAAAUGUCUUUCGUGGAAGACAUAAGAAAACUGGUGACUUAUUUGCUAUCAAAGUAUUUAAUAACAUAAGCUUCCUUCGUCCAGUGGAUGUUCAAAUGAGAGAAUUUGAAGUGUUAAAAAAACUGAAUCACAAAAACAUUGUCAAAUUAUUUGCUAUUGAAGAAGAGACAACAACAAGACAUAAAGUACUUAUUAUGGAAUUUUGCCCAUGUGGGAGUUUAUACACUGUUUUAGAAGAACCAUCUAAUGCCUAUGGACUACCAGAGUCUGAGUUUCUAAUUGUUUUGCGAGAUGUGGUGGGUGGAAUGAAUCAUCUCCGAGAGAAUGGCAUAGUUCACCGUGAUAUCAAGCCAGGAAAUAUCAUGCGUGUGAUAGGGGAAGACGGACAGUCUGUGUACAAACUCACAGAUUUUGGUGCAGCUAGAGAAUUAGAAGAUGAUGAGCAGUUUGUUUCUCUGUAUGGCACAGAAGAAUAUUUGCAUCCUGAUAUGUAUGAGAGAGCAGUGCUAAGAAAAGAUCAUCAGAAGAAAUACGGAGCAACUGUGGAUCUUUGGAGCAUUGGGGUAACGUUUUACCAUGCAGCUACUGGAUCACUGCCAUUUAGACCAUUUGAAGGGCCACGUAGGAAUAAGGAAGUGAUGUAUAAAAUAAUUACUGGAAAGCCUUCUGGUGCAAUAUCUGGAGUACAGAAAGCAGAAAAUGGACCAAUUGACUGGAGUGGAGACAUGCCUGUUUCUUGUAGUCUUUCUCGGGGUCUUCAAGUUCUGCUUACUCCUGUUCUUGCAAACAUCCUUGAGGCAGAUCAGGAAAAGUGUUGGGGUUUUGACCAGUUUUUUGCAGAAACUAGUGAUAUACUUCACCGGAUGAUAGUUCAUGUUUUUUCACUACAACAAAUGACAGCUCAUAAAAUUUAUAUUCAUGGCUAUAAUACUGCUACUGUAUUUCAUGAACUGGUAUAUAAACAAACCAAAAUUAUUUCUUCAAAUCAAGAGCUUAUAUAUGAAGGACGACGUUUAGUUCUAGAACCUGGAAGACUGGCACAGCAUUUCCCUAAAACUUCUGAGGAAAACCCGAUCUUUGUAGUAAGCCGGGAACCUCUGAGUACCAUAGGAUUGAUAUAUGAAAAAAUUUCCCUCCCUAAAGUACAUCCACGUUAUGAUUUAGAUGGGGAUGCCAGCAUGGCUAAGGCAAUGACAGGAGUUGUGUGUUAUGCCUGUAGAAUUGCCAGUACCUUGCUGCUUUAUCAGGAAUUAAUGCGAAAGGGGAUACGAUGGUUGAUAGAAUUAGUUAAAGAUGACUAUAAUGAAACUGUUCACAAAAAGACAGAAGUUGUGAUCACGUUGGAUUUCUGCAUCAGAAACAUUGAAAAAACUGUGAAAGUAUAUGAAAAGUUGAUGAAGAUCAACAUAGAAGCAGCAGAGUUAGGUGAAAUUUCAGACAUACACACCAAGCUGUUGAGACUUUCCAGUUCUCAGGGAACAAUAGAAACCAGUCUCCAGGAUAUUGAAAGCAAAUUGUCUCCAGGUGGAUUACUCGCCGAUACAUGGACCCAUCAAGAAGGCACUCAUCCCAAAGAUAGACAUGUAGAAAAGCUACAAGUCCUGUUAAAUUGCAUCACAGAGAUUUACUAUCAGUUCAAAAAAGACAAAGCAGAACGUAGACUAGCUUAUAAUGAAGAACAAAUCCACAAAUUUGAUAAGCAAAAACUGUAUUAUCAUGCAACAAAAGCUAUGACCCACUUUACGGAUGAAUGUGUUAAAAAGUAUGAGGCUUUCUUGGAUAAGUCAGAAGAAUGGAUGAGAAAGAUGCUUCACCUUAGGAAACAGUUAUUAUCCCUAACUAAUCAGUGUUUUGAUAUUGAAGAAGAAGUAUCGAAGUAUCAAGACUAUACUAAUGAGUUACAAGAAACUUUGCCACAGAAAAUGUUUGCAGCCUCCAGUGGAAUCAAACAUACCAUGACCCCAAUUUAUCCAUGUUCUAACACAUUAGUAGAAAUGACUCUUGGUAUGAAGAAAUUAAAGGAAGAAAUGGAAGGAGUAGUUAAAGAACUUGCUGAAAAUAAUCAUAUUUUAGAAAGGUUUGGCUCAUUAACCAUGGACGGCGGCCUCCGCAAUGUCGACUGUCUUUAGCUUUAUAAGAAGUCUGAGGCAGGUUUCAGUUUGCACAAGAAAAUAAUGUCGAGGCAUUAAAUGAAUGCCUGUAUAGGU